AUGAUCGAACUGUAAAGUCGCGCUCUUGCUGCUCGUCAAGUGUGUUUCUCUCAGUAAGCCGAGCAGAGCUGCUCCUCUGCACUCGCUAAUCUUCUCGCUCCUCUCCAGCGCUGCGCUCGGCCCACCUGUCCCGCCGCCGCUCCGCCCGGCCUCCUCAGCUGUCGGCUCGCACAAUGAAGCUGUAAUGUGACUUUUCCUACAAUCCCCUGGUAAUGAUGGAGUCAGCGGCUCAGGCGCACUUGGUGAAAAGACGGAUAUUAAAAUGACUUUGGGGUGUUCGCCAUGAGGCCGGGGCCUCUGAACCUGGAUGAUCCACCUUCAGGCGGGAGAGGUGAGGCUGCGGGGUGUGACUGUUGGGUCAAUCAGCGCAUCACUUCACUCAGACUGACGCUGCUCAUCAGUUUAUCAUCCACCUCUGUCAGGAAUCUGUUUGUGAGUCAGACACAUGUUUAAUGAGACGAAGAUGCGAGGCUGGUGUAUUUUCCAUAGGCUACAUUAUGGAGCCAGUUCAUCAGGCUGCUGCAGUCCGGAUCACGGUUCUUCUUCCUUCCGCUGCCAUUGGACGGAAAACUUUGUGUCGCAGACUUUCCCCACUUCUCAUUGGACCAGCGUGUUUGACAGGGCGCAGGAGGGCCGCCCCCUGCGCCUGGAAAAAAAAAAGAAAAGAAAAGAAAAAAAAACUCCUCCAGAAGUGAGUAUCAAUCAGAGAGAAGUUCGGGGGACAGAAAGAGAAAAAGAAAGCCGCGGAGUGGAAGGACCGAGAGACAAGACCGCAUCGAAACUAUCACUCCUGCCGGACUUGAUCUCACGCGCGGCCGGGAUGGCACAGUCUGCCGUCCAAACUUUGACGCAGCGUUACUAGUCACAGUUGGGAUUACUUUGGACACUUGGUGAGUUUGCGUCCCGCUGUAAACACUGACGUGUGCAUUUUUUUUUUCUACUGUUUUGCUCCACUGCGUUGGACGGACGGAGUGGGUUUUUCGCCGCGUCCCCCCCGUCGGGUGGAUUUGAGAGAAAUGAGUGAGAGGAGGCGAUCUGCCGCAGCUCUGAGCUCGAGAGCCCACGCUUUUUCCGUGGAAGCCCUGAUCGGCUCCAACAAGAAGAGGAAGCUCCGGGGCUGGGAGGAGAAGGAGCUGGAGUUGUCCAUGGAGAGCCUCGGCACGGACGGAGAGGACCCGGCGCACUGUCUGGAUAUGGACCCGGACUCGGAGGCGAGUCCCGGCUCCGACGGAGAGGGUCUGGCCGAAAGGACGUCGUGCUCCUUCGGCUCACCUGACGAACUGGCCCCCGGCCCCUGCGAGCCGUCUCCGCCGGCCUCCAUGGAGGAGAUCCAGGUGGAGCUGCAGUGCGCAGACCUGUGGAAGCGCUUCCAUGACAUCGGCACGGAGAUGAUCAUCACCAAGGCGGGCAGGAGGAUGUUUCCUGCCAUGCGGGUAAAGAUCGCCGGUCUGGACCCUCACCAGCAGUACUACAUCGCCAUGGACAUCGUGCCCGUGGACAACAAGAGAUACAGAUACGUGUACCACAGCUCCAAGUGGAUGGUAGCAGGAAACGCAGACUCCCCUGUGCCUCCGCGGGCCUACAUCCACCCGGACUCUCUGGCCUCAGGAGACACCUGGAUGAGACAGGUGGUCAGCUUUGACAAGCUCAAACUCACCAACAACGAGCUGGACGACCAGGGACACAUCAUCCUCCACUCCAUGCACAAGUAUCAGCCCCGUGUCCACGUCAUCAGGAAGGACUUCAGCAGCGAACUGUCUCCAAACAAGGCGGUGCCGAGUGGGGAGGGAGUUAAGACAUUCAGCUUCCCUGAGACUGUCUUCACCACCGUCACCGCCUACCAGAACCAACAGAUCACCAGACUAAAGAUCGAUCGCAACCCGUUCGCCAAAGGAUUCCGGGACUCUGGCAGAAACAGGACUGGCCUCGAGGCGAUCAUGGAGACCUAUGCUUUCUGGAGACCUCCUGUGAGGACCCUCACGUUUGAAGACUUCACCAACAUGCAGAAACAGCAAGGCGGCAGCACAGGCACAUCUCCCACCACCUCCAGCACAGGCACACCCUCCCCUUCUGGUGCGGCACACCUCCUUUCUCCCUCCUGCUCCCCUCCGACCUUCCACCUCGCCCCCAACACCUUUAAUGUGGGCUGCAGGGAAAGUCAGCUCUGCAACCUGGGCCUUUCAGAGUAUCCAGCCUGUGCUCGCAGCAACAUGGCGGCCCUGCAGGGCUACGGCGGCCUGGCCGACAGUUCCUACGGGCGCCUCCAGGCUGCAGGAGGUGCUGUGGCCUCUGCUCAACCCUCUGAAUCCUUCCUGCCACAGAGGACUUCCUCCUUGAUUGCUGCCGGCAUGCAGGGCAGCGCUCAUGCCUCCCUGACUGGCGGCGGGAGCGGCGGCGGCUCUGGAGGCAAGAUGGAUGCCUACAGUGGUCAACUGGGUUCCUUCCCAGCCUCGCAGCUUCAGUACGUGAUGCAGGCCGGAGGUGGCUCCAGCUCUGCUUCGUCCUCUUCAUCCGGAUCCUCCUCUUCUUCAGCCCACAUGUUCAGCGGGAGCCACCACCAUGUGCAGCAGGGCUCCUACAACGCUUUCUCCCUGCACAACCCUUACAACCUGUACGGAUACAACUUCCCCACCUCUCCUCGCCUGGCCGCCAGCCCCGAGAAGCCCCAGGGAGGUUUGCUCUGCUCCUCGUCUCCGGCCGGGGCCUUCGCCGAGCGCCAGUACCUGUCCAAUGGGAGCAUGGACACUAUGCACAUGAUCGGCAACACCACCAGCGGCCAGCAGGGCAGCAGCUCCUGUGACGGUCGUCAGUAUGGCUCCUCCUCUCAGAUGUCUAUGCACAUGGUGUAGAAACUGGCAUCGAACCUCAGAGUCCUCCAUGUUCCUAAAGUCUUCCAGCUGAAAAGCAAAUUUCUAAUCUAUGAACCUGGUUUGGUGUCGAUGUUGAACCGGUGUUUGUACUUUUCAGACAAAGGAUAUCAUCUCAUGUUUUUUUGUUUUUAAAGACACUCCAACACUUACAAAGCUUUAAAAAGGGAGUCAAUACUAUUAUUUAAUUAUCUUUGUGUUAAUAAAGGAAAUAGUGGGACUGCAUCCUGACUUCUUUUACUGUCUCUGACAGGAAAGGAACUGCAAACUCCUCCGAUUGUAAUAAGAAGGAGAGGUAGGAGCCUACAGGCUCUGGCUCUAGAAGAGAUUAUCAGUUGUGAAUCUGUUAUGGUGCAAUAGUAGCAACUUUUCAAGGGACUCAUUCUUGAUUUUUUUGGGACUUUAAUGCCAUCCGGUCAUGACAUCAUGCAACCAAAGAAUCUUCACUGUGAUCCAGAGGAACUUCAUUUUAGAAAUGUCAUGGAGUCGGUGGUUUGCCGUCAUGGUCUGAAGUUUUGGCAGGAAUGAGAGAGACAACUGGACAACUGAAUGACUCACUGCUCCACAGACAUGCAGGAGAUGAAGAAUCUGCUUGAGGUGCCAAACAGGGUGAAUACAACAUGUGGAUGCAGUAAGUCAAAGAACUGUAGGUUGGGAUAACUGAGAGAAGCUCCCAGCACACGCCUGCUGGGAGCUUCGUGAGAGUUCAGGGCUUCAUCAACCCACAAUCCUCAAAGACUGGAAUGGCUUCACUAUUUUUGGGUGGAUUACGUUUUUAAGCAUUUAUAUAAGAUGGCGAAUGCAAUCAAUAACAUAAGCUUCAAAGUUGUUGUGUGAAAAGUUAUUAAAGAAGCAAUAGCAAAACAGAGUAAUUAAAGUAUGUUUUGGUGUGUUGUAGAGAUGUGUAUUUAAGUGCUGAGCAAUAUAACAAUUUUACAGGCCAAUCUGUUAUAAAAAUGUGUGAAAAAAGGGAUAUAACAAAGGAAUUCUUUUUUUGAGGCAUUUAAAAAAAAAAUGUAAAUACAGGUGCCAAGCACGUAAAAAGCUCAA